GUUGCACAGAAUGGUAAAGUUUGAUGUGCGCCAAUUACGUUACCUUUCUCGAGAAGAGUUCAGAUGUCUAACUUCUCUGGAGAUGGGGAUGAAAAAUCACGAAAUUGUCCCCAGUGAGCUAAUAGCGUCAAUUGCAAAUCUUCGUCAUGGUGGCUGUUACAAAAUCCUCAGAGACCUUGUUCAGUAUAAAUUGAUCAGGUAUGAUCAUAGGAAUGGGAUCAGAGGUUAUCACCUAACCUAUGCUGGAUAUGAUUAUCUUGCACUACGGUCAUUCAGCAAUCAGAAUGUUGUCCAUUCAAUUGGAAAUAAGAUAGGUGUUGGAAAGGAGUCUGAUAUUUACAUUGCUGCAUCUGAGGAUUGGACCCAGUAUGUGUUGAAACUGCAUAGACUUGGCAGAAUUUGCUUCAGAAAGGUUAAAGAAAAACGAGAUUACCUUAAAAGAAGGAAAAAUGCUUCUUGGUUGUAUUUAUCCAGGCUAGCAGCUGAAAGAGAGUAUUCAUUUCUCAAAGCACUGUUUGAGAGAGGGUAUCCUGUUCCUGAACCCCUGUCAUGGAACAGACAUGCUAUUGUCAUGAAACUUGUCCCAGGAUAUCCACUGUCUCAAGUCAAUAAAAUUGCUAACCCAGCCAAGGUGUAUACAAAGCUGAUGCAACUCAUUGUGAGACUUGCACAGAUGGGAUUGAUACAUGGUGACUUCAACGAGUUCAACAUCAUGAUCAAUGACAAAGAAAAAAUCACUGUUAUUGAUUUACCACAAAUGAUAUCAACAUCGCAUGAGAAUGCUGAGUACUACUUUGAUCGGGAUGUAGAGUGUGUUAGAACGUGGUUUAAGAAAAGAUAUAAUUUUGACUCUGAUGACAGACCAUACCUUUCUGACAUGAUGUGUGAGACUCCAGUUGAUGUUGAAAUGAAGGCCAGUGGUUACACCAGAGACAUCAAAGAUGACUUUGAGAAAUUAACUCUCAACAAACCUGAAGAUGAUUUGUGGGAUGGUGAUGAUUUAUCGGAAGAUGACGAGGAGGAAAGUUCAGAGGAAGAAAGUGGAGGCGAGGGAAGUGGUGAAUUAGGAGAAGAAGAAGAAGAAGAGGACGAGUCUAACAUAUCAGAGACUGAAGAGGGAGAUGUGAAGGAAAAGUGUGUGUCGGAAGAGUCGAGUGAUGAAGAAGAGAAGGAUGAAGAUGAUGAAAGCGAUGAUGAGAUCAACAACAAGUCGUAUCUACCUUACAGAGAUAAAGAAGAAAUUAAGGAAGAAAAGGAGGGUCAGAAGAAAUCUGCUCACCAGUUUACCGUCUAUCAAAAAACCAAUUUAUCUAAAGAUGAUAUCAAGAAGAAGGUUCGUGCGAAUGAAACGAAGAAGCGAUUGAAACAGAACCGAAUUAAGAAGGGUGAAAAGUACUAUAUCAACAGAGAAAAACGUGCUGUAACAAAUGAAAUCAAAGGAGCCGAUUCGUGGUUUUAGACUUUGGAUAUCAAUUGAACAUUUUAUCUGGACUGAGUUUUUUUAAAUGGGCUGUUAACCAAGAUGUCACUGACACUCUGCCAUUUAUUAAUACUUUUAUUGGAAGUUGAAUAUUGAGCGAUGGAGUUUAUGUAGUGUUGACUAAUUUAUUGUUCCCUUUUAACCAAA